AUGAGCAAGCUCAACUUGUAUUCGCCCCAUGAAGUGCUCCCAGCGGCCCACGCCGAAGGGCUACUAGACGUGGCGGCACAACUGGUGCCACACAUUCCACUGCCGUUUUUGACCAAACACUGGCAAGUGGUGUUUCCCACGUGCGAGAAAUACGUCAUGCAUGUAGCGUCGACCGUACGCCAAAAGUCGGCCGGAUUGAUCGGGGCGCUGGCAACCUUGAGCACCACUUCCAUCGAAGCGAUUCCGCUACUGGCGUCCAUUUUAGAGUCUUUGGCCCUACCAUGCUCGCAGCACCCCGACGCCAACCAGCGCGAGUUCUUCUGGCAGCGCAUGGAAGGCCGACUCAUGGGCAUCGACAGCCUCGUACAUGUGCUGGGUGUGAACAAGCUGACGAGCAUAUCGAGUCAGCUGCUUGCGCCACCGACGAAACCGGCGCCGAAAGCGUUUCAGUCGUUUCAACACACGAUGGACGAGUUAUUGCAUUUUGACAACGAAUAUGCCACCUUGAUGGGAACAUUCGCAUCUUGGGUUGGUGAGAAGACGUCGCCGCGGCCAAGCCACUGCAUCUUGGCACAGCUGCCCCCCAACCUACUUCAUCGCAUUUGGCAUGCCUACCUCAAACGCAUGGCGGUGCAGACCCUCCCGGGGCUUGUUCGGUUGAGUGUAUGGCUUGAUGAUCCAGCGAUUUUGGUGCCUGCGUGGCUGCCGACAGUUGAGCCGGUGCAUCCGACGUUCAUUUGCCUGGUUAUCAAGUCGCUUGCGUUGCACACUCGAUUCCUACAUGAAACAAUAACGAACACGAGAAGUGUGUCAACGGAUGAUCCCAGGAUCCUCUCUUCGUUAUUGAUAACUGCGACUAUUGAGACUGCACUGAGUGUGUUGCAGUCCCUGCAACCAGCACUGUUGGCCGUGGACGUGACCCUGCCAGUGGACAAGGCGUUAAGUCUGGCAUAUGUCGAAGCUGGCGCCUUGCUGCUGCUGUUUCAGUCUGCUACGGCACUGGACACAAAAACCCAACCAGCUAAUGCUUUGUUGUUGCAAGCUGUGUUAAACGUGCUGUGGGCGUCUCACGUCAGCGACGACCCAGCGGUGGACCGUGCGAUGAGCUCGACGGUGGUUCGGUAUUUACCAGGGCUAGCACUGCUCCCGCUAACUCAAGACCAAGCGACGAGACUGAUUCAAAUAUCGUUAUCAUGGCUCUCGGCUACUGACAGCCUGCGCUGGAUUGUCGUGGAUGGCAACGAAGCGCGAUGUCACUUGGUGGACGCGCUCGCGGUGUUGGCGUUGCAUGCUAGACCACCGUUGACCAAUGUGUGGAAUUUGCACGACAUCACGACCGCUGCGGCGCCGUUUUUACUCCACCCUACGGUGCCGUUGCGCCUCUUUGCCAAGUUGCUGGUGUUGGUGUCGGCCGUGGCUGCGUUUAGUCGGGCGGAGUGUGUGCGGCCGCUACUCCACCUGUUGCUAAGGCCAGAGAUCUCGUUUCAAUGCGAUGCCACCACCGCUACUUUCCCCACCACGUCGUCCUUGACACCAUCUCCUGCGGUGUUUAACGAAUGGGAUGACGACAGUGGACAAACAGCAGCAGCAGCUCCAACGACCGACAGGAAAGCCGUCUGUUUCCAGGCGUUCUGGACGUCCUUUGACGCGCCCAGUGCGUCGGGGGGUCGCGUCUCGGACCUCGUGACAGGCACUUGCACUCCGGACGAACGAUUGACCCUGGAAACGUUGCAACGACGUGGCAAGAAGAUCUAAGUCAUAUCCCCGUUGGAAGAGAUAGAUUUAAAAGUGUGUCUUUCGUAGUCCUUUCAUGUACCAUAUGCACUCAAUUUCAUAAAAAAACGAAAAAGUAUUCAGCGACA